AUGUAUGUCUAUCGUAAUAGCGAUCUUCCUCCGGAUCCCCAUUUUCCAGCUAACCUGAAAGACCUGGGGUAUUCCAUUACGGAGAAUGACUUGAUCCGCCAAACUAGGAACCCUGAAGAAGGGUUCAGGUACAGAAUCAACCGGAACGACCGCUUUAACGUCAAACAGCGGGAAGCGAUGAAUGGUAUGCCAAGUUUAAUAACACCAUUCAUGGGACGGAAUCUCACAGAGGCUUCCUACACAGAGUGCAUUCGCCAGAUCGUCGUGCAUCGUCUUGAAGAAGCAGGUCUUGAAACCUUGUGCCUUCCUUUGAAAGAUAGUCCUGGUGAAAUCAGUAUUCCUUCCAGCGAUCCCCAUGUUCCAAUUCUAGUCUCCAAGAACCUGGCCAGUGCAUCUCGCAUUAUCUUGGUCUUCGGGGAGCCCACUCAGGAUCUGGGUAUCUGGGCCUAUCGCUCUGUUGGCCAAGAUGGUAUUAACUUCGGCUCAGCUGUCAACUUCACCAAAGCCGUACUUGGUGAGCGUACUAAUCGAACUGGUACUGCUCUGAUACUUGCCAACACUGGUCAAUUGCUGUGGCAUCAUGCCACCUCGCGGGCUGUCUCGCAGCAGACUUGGAUGGCAGCCGAUCGCCCCGCAGGCAACUGGGGGCCAGCUACGAUGACCUAUCGCAAUAAGAUCUCCGGCAACAAGACAUGGAGCGAGCAUAUCGAAUACGUCUUUGAGCAUGUUCUGUUCCCAUUGCUGGGUGAGAAGAGCCGCGUCGACGUUAUUGGCAUGGCGGAGGGUGGCCAAGGUGCCCUGGAGUACCUGCAAAAGCGCUGGCCCGUCUGGAAACCCUAUAUCUCGGGAAUUUGUCUCGCUGACCCGCUCCAGUCCACGUCCGUUGACCUGGACAUGAGUGGAUUGACCGACCCGACCUCGUUUGUUGCAUUCCUUGCCUCUCGUUGCCGAGCCUAUGUGCUGUCGCAGGAUGAGCUUGGCACUCGCCAAUCUUUGUACCAGAACUACGGCUGCAAUUGCUAUGCCUCGGGCGAGCGGCUGAACUGCGAAUGCAUCAUCCCGCAUGCCUGGCCGAACAUGCUUGAUUGGCUUGAUUUGCUCUACAAAGACCGUAGCUAUGUGGAGCCGGUCGUGAUCAUGCCGGAGGUAUUGGAUGAGACAACCUGCCAGGAGCUGGAUGAGAUAGCAGUCAAAAGCGAUGACGUCGAUGGCAUUGAUGACCAGAAGGACGAGGACGUGAAUGAGGAAACGGCGGCAGUUGAUCAGGAGUUGGAGAAAGAAGAGAACUAG